UCGCUCUCUCAUAUUUCUUGCUGUGCCGAGCGUCUGAGCUGUGGGCCUACCAGAACGGCUUAGUACACGCCGAUUUUUGUCUCACGAGAGGGAACCUCGUAUUCUUCGAAGGAUCGUGUCAGCUAGCGUGGCACGAAAGAAGGCGGGCAGACAGAGUAGAGGUGACUUUCCGCGCAUCGAAAGCGGACCAAAAGAGGCGAGGCGCGNUUAACGAGAGAGAGAGAGAGUAGUGCGGGACGAGGAAGGGGGACAGAUGGCUGGGAAGAUGGGGGCGCUAGAGAUCUUGCUGAAUCUGCUUGACGUGCACCCAGAGUUAGGAAGUAGCGCGCCGCUCAUGCAGUCGGUCAAGCAGGGACGGUGGGCAGUAGUGUCGAGGUCGGAAGCAACGACAGUGCUGAGAGACAUGGCGAGAAGAGUAGGAGAAGACCCAACGCACUUCGCGCUGCAUUCAGGGAGGAUAGGUGGUGCGACGCAACUAGCAAAGCAGGGCGCAUCGGUUGUUCAGAUUCAGAGGGCGGGGAGGUGGAAGUCAGGAGCCUUUAUGACGUACGUGAGGGCAGGAGGCGACGGCGCUAACUGUGUAUCGCGUGCACUAGCGUCUAGCUGAAGGGGAGUAGUAGCGUGGACAAGAGCACCGAGUAUCGGGCCGCGCAAUGGGAUAUGACCUGGGCAUAGACGUCGGAUUGGCCCGAUAAGUGAUACCUAGUGAGUCCGGGAACAAGUCAAUGGUUCGGCUCAUAGGUUGGAUUUUGGUUUUGAUAUUUUUUGGUUUCGGCGUUUCUGAUUUCUUGUCGCCUUUUCUAAUAAUCCAAAUUUCUUUAGCAAAACACAAAACGAAGGAGUCGGUAAAACCGUGAAUCCGUGGUUUGUGGAAGCGUUCCGGAAAUUCCGUGAAAGAGCGGCGAGAGGCAAAAAAGGUUACACGGGGGUAUAGCUAUGUACAGGG